GUCUGGGUGGUGUUGGGAUGGCUCUGUGGGGCAGGUGGACAUGGGGAGCAGGACCUGCCCGGCACACAGCCAUCCAUGUCCCAGCCACCAGGAAGUGGUGGUGGUGAUGACCCUGGUGACAUAGCCUUGAGUCACACUGGAGACUCCAGGUGACAGCCCAUCUCUGGUACACGGGCUGGGAGGGAUGCUUGGAGAGAGGCAACCCAGUCCUUGAACCGCCCCGUCCCUGUCCCCAGACAGCAGCAGCGAUGGCAACACUCUACCCCUCCCUGGAGGACAUGAAGGGCCACCAGGUCCUGCAGGCACAGGCAGCAGCCGGGGUGAGGACCCCCGCCACCACAGUGGUCACAGAGAAGCCAAAGCUCACCUCGGGCACUGAGCCUCCUGUGCUGUACCCCAACCUAGCCGAGCUGGAGAACUACAUGGGGCUGGCGCUCUCCAGCGAGGAGAUCCAGAAGAACCUGCGCACGGAGGACAGCACCGCACUGACCCCCGCCGGGCCCUCCCCAGGCCAGCUGGUCGCCCCCCUGAGCGGGAACAGCGCGGGGCUGCGGCGGGCAGAGAUCAAGCCGGGGGUGCGGGAGAUCCACCUGUGCAAGGACGAGCGGGGCAAGACGGGGCUGCAGCUGAAGAAUGUGGACCAGGGCAUCUUUGUGCAGCUGGUGAAGGCGAACUCGCCAGCAGCGCUGGUGGGGCUGCGCUUCGGGGACCAGGUGCUGCAGAUCGACGGCAAGAACUGCGCAGGCUGGAGCAGCGACAAGGCACAGCGCGCGCUGAAGAAGGCGAACCCCGAAAAAAUCGUCAUGGUGGUGCGGGACAGGCCUUUCCAGCGCACCGUGACCGUGCAUAAGGACAGCACCGGCCACAUCGGCAUCGUGGUGAAGAAGGGGAAGAUUGUGUCACUGGCCAAGGACAGCUCGGCCGCCCGCAACGGGCUCCUCACCCACCACUGCAUCUGCGAGGUGAACGGCCAGAACGUCAUCGGCAUGAAGGACAAGCAGCUCACGGAGGUGCUGGCAGGGGCUGGGAACGUGGUGACGCUGACCAUCAUCCCCACCGUGAUCUACGAGCACAUGGUCAAACGGCUCUCAUCAGGGCUGGUGAAGUCAUCCAUGGACCACUCCAUCCCUGACCUGUGACACCAUGGCUGCUGUUCUGGGAGCUGACGCUGGAAGCCCAGAGGGCCUGCUGAGAGGACCCUACAGCACCUCCAAAGGAGCUAUUUUAGCACAAAACCCCUUAUCCCGUCAGAGUCUGGUGGCUGCUGGGUGGUUCCUCCUCUCCUCAGCAAGGAUGGGGCAGAUGUCCUGUACCAGCGUCCCACUGUCCCCGUGUCCCUGCUUAGGCCACCCCCCUCAGGGCGGAUGCCAAGGGCUGGCUCCAGCCAAAGCAGACACAGACCCAGCGACAUUUAUUACAUCCACCACAGAGAGCGAGUACAGGACAGGGGAAACAAGAAGAGGGGGGGUUACAGCUUUUUCAGUUCUGUAUUUAAAAAAUAUAUUAUAUAGAUUUGUCUUUCAAA